CUCACGUGGUCAGUUGCGGUACGUAUAAUUUCGGUCUUGUGAAUUUCCUGAUUUACGUCAGGCUUGCUUAUUGCCGAUUAGACUACGGACGUGUGUUACAGACACCGAUCAAUUAUUAAGGCGAUUUAAUUGGAAGAAGCUAUUGCACAAGCGCGAAGUCACCAGCGUGUUAACUGAUAUAUAUAUGGGAAUAUGUUAUUGCAUGAAAGUAGCCGACACUGUAGACUUUCAGAAGGUGGAAGACGGCGACAUUACUGGCAAAUUAGAAUAAAUGCUGCUACCGACCAAAGUGCCGUGAAUGCAGUCGCAAAUAUUUCAUUCUCACCGGUUCGGUUUGUACACAAGAUAUUGUUUAUUCCAAGCUCUUGUCAAAAAAAAAUUAGGUGCGAGUUAUUCGUGGGAUAUUAUUUAUUCUAAAUUCUUGACCAACCAAUCUAGGUUCAGCUUAUACACGCGCAAAUACGGUGAUUAUUGUGAAGCAGACCCAGACUAUACAUCAGUAUUACCACAUUUAAAGACCUCAAGAUUUAGUACAGAAUCGCUGAAUAACCUGAGAACCAAUCAUUAUCAUCCCCAGAUAUUUUGCAAAAAUAAUGUUUCUUGAUGGUAGUGUCACUAAGAAGCUUUUGUUCCACAAAUAAACACUUCAGUGUCAUCAGGUUCAGUGGAGUAGCUCCAUAAAAUGCGAAGAUUGGUUUGCUUGACACUGAAUAAAAAGACAAUAUACCUAACAUUAUUCAUAAUUUUACUGGUAUUCAUGACAGCAACAUUAUGGACAUAUUCUGAACCUAAAAUGUUGGCCUAUGAGCAUUCCCUUUGUUCCUCACCAAUGAAACCUAUUGAAGUGGCAUCCUGCCAUAGAGUUCAGUGUCCAAAGAAACCUAUAGUGACUGUGAGACAAUUAGGGCGCCUUGGCAACCAGAUGUGGGAAUACAUUUCUGUUUGGGCUGUGGCCAAGGUUACAGACCAUGAGCCUUAUAUUCCAGGCUGUCUCAUCCAAACACUAGAAAAGAUCUUCCAGAAUCUUACAGUUCCUCCACUGUCAUGCAUUGCAAAUUGUACUUUAGAGACAUACCCUGUAGAAGGAAAGGUGGACAACUUGACACUUCUGGAUGGGAACAUCUUGUUACAAAAUUAUGUUCAGCUACCUGAAUAUGUUGUGCCUUUGCUGAAUGAUGUUAAACAGAUAUUUCAGUUCAAGGAACAUAUUGUAAAAGAGAGUCAAAGACUCCUACAAAAGGCUUCAGAUGGAGAGAAGAAUGUAGUGUAUGUGGGUGUUCAUGUCAGAAGAACAGAUUACAGUGAAUAUUUGAAGAGGAAGUAUAAUGCUUCCUUAGUGAAAUCUGAAUUCUUUCUGAAGCAAAUGAACUAUUUUCGAAUUAAAUACAAAUCAGUCAUGUUUGUGGUGCUGAGUGAUGAACCCAAAUGGUGUGAAGAUGAGCUCGCUGAUGAUGAUGUUGUAGUGAUGAAGAACAACUCUCCAGAACAGGACCUAGCCAUCAUGGCUGCAUGUAACCAUUCUAUUAUUGACUAUGGCACAUAUGGAGUAUGGGGAGCCAUAUUAGCAGGAGGUGAUACAUUUGUGUACAACCUAAAAUGGGAUCUUGCAAUUAAAAUGGCUUCAUUGUUACCAGAUUGGCACAUUGUAGUAUAGUGAUAUGACAGGUUCUCUUUCAUUGGCCAUAACUUGAAAGACCAGAAGUAAAGCUUUGUUUCCAUAUUUGUACCAAUACUCUGUAUUUGUAUUUAUUGUAAGUUCAAGAGAUCCAAAGAUGGAUAUAGAACAUGUCAUAAAAUAAUAUAAGCAUAGAAUACAUACGCAGUUAUUACACAACUAGACAGUACAGUGAAUACAACAACAAUAAAAGUUAUUUAUUUAGAUAUUCAUUCACAGUAUAAAAUAUAUGAGUGUUCAAGAAAUGCCUUAA